CGCCGCGUAGUUCCGCAUUCGGCCGCCGCCGCGCCGUGUCGCUCCCAUCGCAGCCCCAGUAUCGCUGAGAGCUCGCCGGAGGCGGACGUACGUUCCUCCGCAUCCCCGCUCGAUCAAAUACACGAAACAAGUUUUUCCGAAUUUGAACUGUUCAAACAACCCGCUACCGACAAACGUCAUAAUGAACUACUGUGAAAUCAUUACAAGACUGCUUUGCAAACUGAUUUAAAGACAGUUUACUGUGAAAUUUGUGGUUAAAUCUUUAUCUUUGACAAAGGUGUAACAAAACGCGAGUGAAAUUGUUUAUUGUUUUGAAACAAAGACGUUGAAGUUGUAGUUUUGAAUUUCUGUUGUUUUUCUUGAGGACGCGAACGAAUAGCGUGUUGAAAAGAGACAUAAUGAGGUCCCAUCGGCUUGGAGCGACAGGUGUGGCGGUGUUAGCGGUGUUACUGGCAACUUUAUCAGGAUGUUCAGCGCAGAGCCUGCAGAUCUUCCCGAAGCAAGAGCAGCAGACGGUGGCGGUGGGCAAGUCGGUGGUGCUCACCUGCCAGGCCAACGCGCCGGAUCCCGCGCUCGUCACGCAGCCGCAGUGGAAGGACCCUAAGGGUCAGGUCAUCAAUGCGGCUUCCCCGAGCACUCGACCAGAGAUCUACACGGAGUCGAGCCCCACAAAGCAGCUGCAAACGCUGUACAUAUCGUCGAUCACGCCUGCCAUGGCUGGCAAGUACACCUGCGUGUCUGCCUACACUAACGAGCCCCUGAGCGCUAGCGUCGUCUUAGACACGUUUGUUGCCAUUACAUGGAUCAACGCUAAUGAGAAUCAAUUCGCAACUAAAGGCAAGGACUUCAAAGUAAUGUGCGAGGUAGCUGCUGAGCCUGCACCGUCUGUUGAUUGGUUCAAAGAAGGAACUUCGAUCUCGACUGGCGACAGAUAUGUUAUUCAUGCCAAUGGUCUAAUGAUUAAAAACAUCGAAGAAAGUGACGAUGGAACAUACACUUGCCGAGCUGUUGUCAUCCAAACUGGUGAACUCGCAGAAAGGAAUAUAAAACUUGAGGUUUACACUGCACCAGAGAUGGAAGAACGUGAGCCAAGAGUGGAAAUUAAAGAAGGCGGAUCAGCUGCCAUCACAUGCAAAGCUAGAGGCAAACCCCCGCCGAAAUACUCCUGGAUUAAAGCAUCGACACGAGAGAACUUGGCCAGUACAUCUAGAUUUAGUGUAAACGAAAUCACCGGACUGCUAACGUUCGAUAGAGUCGAAGCAGGAGAUUACGGUAAAUACAUAUGCAGCGCUGUCAACCAGGCUGGUCAAAACGAAACUGAAAUCGAAGUGGAAGUACUUGUUCCGCCGAAGAUAUUCGAGUUGCAAAAUAUGACUGUCGCUGAAAAGGCCGAAGGGCGGUUGGAAUGCAAAGCUACAGGACGACCUGCACCUAGGAUUAGGUUCCGUAAACAUUCUAAGACAGAACCUUUUGUAAAUGGACCUAACGAUGAUGGAAGAAUAAACAUUGAAACUAGCUCUCAUCAAACCGGUGAUCAAAUGCAAACUAGUGCAGUCAUUAAUAUUUCAAACGUAAAUAGAACAGAUGAUGGUUUAUACGAAUGUAUAGCAAAUAAUGACGGUGGCGAGGCAAGGAAGAAUGGACAUCUUAUGGUAGAAUUCAAGCCUGUAUUUAACCCCAAUCAAAAUAUACCAUUGGUUUGGAGUUGGAAUUCCCAAUCACGUAAUAUCAGUUGCAUAGCGGAGAGUAUCCCCAACGCAACUAUUAAAUGGAGAUUCCACGAGCUGGACUUGGUAGAAACUCCCCAUGUGAGGAUCUAUGGAGCAGGGCCUUACAGCACCGUAAGAGUAACUCCAACUGCACGAACUCUGUAUGGACAUUACAAAUGCAUCGCCACCAACCGACACGGCGAAGCCGUUCAUUCCACAGAACUCAGGGAAGCCUUUGUGCCAGGACCUGUGACUCAAGUGCGUCAAGAAAUACUGACAGCUACAUCAGUAACAUUCAAUAUCGUGGGACCUGCUGAAGAAAUGAAUCCACCGAUUCAGGCUUUUACUGCUCAAUACAAAGAGAACGGCAAUUAUGAUUGGAACUUUGCGAAGAACCGAACUUGGUCUGUGAGCUCGCCGUACGUGGUGGAGGAUUUAAAACCGAUGUUUUCAUACGAUUUUAGAUUCGCAGCAGUAAAUAUAGUCGGAGGCGGUAGCUGGGGAGCACCAAUUACUGUCGUCAUGCCGAGGAGGUCGCCACCUGAGCAACCGAAAUGGAGACAGCCACCCACACCCAGUCCGGAAUCACUGCAGCACGGGAAAUAUGCUGACAGAUAUGAACUACAAUGGAAAAUUCCAGCUCAUAACGGAGAACCCAUCGAUAUGUAUGAAGUCAGCUAUUGUCCAGUGCUGAAAGUGAGCGGUGAAUGGCGUGAAUCAUCUGAAUCUCUGUGCGUCACGCAUGAACUGAAGUCCUAUGAAGCUAUUAAUUACGAAAUCACCGGUUUGCAACCCGACACGCGCUACCGCAUGAGUGUUCGCGCCCACAAUAUCUUGGGCUACUCUAAGCACGCGACUCUUUAUGUCCAGACCGCUCUCGGUGUACCCUUUUCCGGAUAUGCACCUUCUCAAAUGUUAUCAAGCGGCGCCAUCAUCGGGCUGGCUUUAGCCGGAGUCUUCAUUUGCCUCCUCAUCGUGGAUCUCCUGCUCCUCUGCUUCAGGCGCCAGGGCGUUAUCGCCACUCUCUGUGGCAGACGUGGCAAGAAGCACAAGGAAGACGAAGCCAAGCUGGGAAGUCUGUACGGUUGGCGUUUCCCGCUCCCUUAUUGCAGCACGAAGCCGCGCGCGCCUCCGUCCCCCGCGCCCUUGCCGCCGCCCGUCAAGCUCGUACCGACUCCGACAGAUGAAAAGGAGCCCCUUAAAGACACUGCUGAAGAUGCGUUAAAGAGGAACUCAUCUGUAGAAUUUGAUGGUCGGCGAGUUUAUGCCACAAGCGGAGGCACAAUCAUUGGCAAAAACUCCGCUGUAUAAUCAAUUUGACUUAAAAAUUGGAUACGUGUAUUGUGCCAAGAACGACUUAUUUGGCUUAGAAACAGCUAUAAGAUUAAAAUAAGACUCUUUGACUUUGAGUUGGCAAAAGAUAUCGUUUUAUAGCUGGGCGUUUUCUUAAAUAAAUGUUGAAAUCUGAUUCUUUCAAAUCUGGACAUUCUUGGGCUCAUUCUACUCUGAAUCGGCAGCAUUCUCCAUCCCACUGUUAAAAAAAGAUGUCCCAAAAUGUCCAUUCCAUUACGUCUCGUUUUAGCGUGAACAAUUUUUUCACUUGUAUGUGCGUGACGUAGUGGAACGUAAAAAUUUCAUACAAAUUUUUGGCACAUUUUUUUUAUCAUCAGAAUUGAAUAUGCUAGUGAUUCUGAGUUGAAAGAAGUAAUCACCACGACCUGUGAGAAACAGGUUAUCAAUAUUUAUUUUAGAAAACGCGCAGCUAUGCUUUUUGUUUUACGCUGAAACUUAUGUCGUUCUAGGCUUUAUUGGAGACAUCUCAUGUAGUUUUAUAUAACGUUAAGCUCUAUUUAUAAUCUCCGCGAAUGUGGGACUGUACACGUUUGGCUUCACUUCAAAUCAUCAAAUUGGUUAGUCAGGCUAUAUACACAGUCUUCUGUAUGACUCAACUUUAACAAAGUUGCUUUUUUUACAAUUGUUUUAUCCAUGUAUGUUCGCAUGGCGGUAAAUGCCCAAAAUUUAAAACAUAAUAUAUAGGUAUGUCAAUGUUUUUGUGCUGUCGAGUUGAAAAAGUUGACAAGCUCUAAAGUUGACUGUGAUUAGUUCUGAUGCUAUGGAAUAUUUUAUUAUUAUAGCCUUCUAGCUUCGUGCGACACUUAGUAACUGAGUACCUACUCUUAUUGAAGUGAAUAAGAAUAACAUACGUGAGUAGCAAAUUAAUAUUUAGGAAUAUAUUCCUAUUAUUUGUUAUAACAAAGUGAACCAUCGGUUGACUCUUUUCGGCCUUUUCCCUCCUGGAAUCUGGAAUAUACAUAAAUAGAUUAAUGAAUUGUGUGCAGUUCCUGAAUCUGUCGUAUUACCUGUGAGAAUAAAGCUUGUGUAGAUGUGAUGAGCGUGACCAGUAUUUUGAAACUGCCAAAACGAAUUUGUUACUUUAUUAUUAAGUACAUACGUAAGCAGCUUUAUGUCCUUAGAUAUAAUUAUUUAUUACCUAUCACUGUACUAUCUACAUCAUAUCGCUUAUAUUUCGCAUUUUAUACGCAUCUGUAUCCACCGAACGCGAAUUUCUCAAGAUUAGAAUUAAAAUUUCGAUCUUUAUACACUAUAGCCGUUUAUUAAGGUACAAAACGUGCCUUCUAGAGUAUGUACUUUUAAAUGAGGGUAUUUUUAUAUUUAAGUGUACAUACACAAUAGUUAAUUAGGAUUUUACUACACAAUUAGAAACCAGUUUUUUUACCUUUUCAUUUUUUACAUCACGGAUGCAAAAGUACCUAAUUAUGUAACCUAAUAUUUACUAUUAAAAUUAAUUAUUUAUCAGUUAUACAUGUAUGUCUCUCUAAUCUUAUAAUGUUUAUUAAUUUUUUUAUGCCUUUAGUGCUUUGCUAUGACCAAAAUGUACCGCUAGCAAAACAUUAAAGAAUGAUCAAAUAAUGCUGAGUACCUUGAAGUCUCAUGAUUUGGUAUUAUAGUCAGCGAAAAAUACCUCUAACAAAAUGUGCCAUUUUCAAUCAAAAGGGUACUUAUUGUCGGUUGUCAAUAAGGCGCUAUUUCCAUACAGCUUUAAUUUGAAAUCCACCUUAUUGACAAGCAACAAUGUGGUACCUUUUGGUUAAAAAUGUCACAAAUAAUGUUUUAGCUUAACGAAAAUAUAGCCGCUAUUAUUAUUUUAGAUUUUGUAAAUAUAUAAAUGUUAAGUUCUGUAAAUAUUUUCUAGGUUAUAUUAUAUCUAUAUCUCUAAUUGUUUUAUUUUUUAGAUUUAGGUAUUUGGGGUCAUGAAAUAGUAAAUACAACUACUUAAAGUUGAAUAUGCAAAUUAGAGCCAUGUAUUUGCAUUUAGUGGCCCCAAUGUUAUGCAAAACUACUUGCUUAUACUACGAGUAAGCUUUUAUAAGUCAUGUUGUGUUUAAUUUUAUAAACAUAAUGCAAUUCACAAAUAAAUGUUAGUAGAAGACAUGUGGUCGAGAACCGGGAACAAACAGUAAAAAAAACUAUUCAGUCAUAAUUGUUACUUAAGAAUGAAAUAAAAAAUUCGAAGGUAAACAUUUUGAUACACAAAAGAAAAUUUAAGCAUUCUGACAAGGUAUGGAAAAUACUUAAUCUACGAAUUUUUUUGAUUAAGUUAAAACGAGUACAUCUGCUGUAAAAGCUUUAUUAUCUUCAUUGAAGUAAAUACCGGAAUUAAUUAUAUCAUAAAUAUUAAAAUAAAAACUAGAUUCAUACCUCUUUCUCAAUUUAAAACUGGAUUUGUAUUGAGUUUAAUUUUUAGUUAGUUACGUGUAGUUUGAAAGCAGAUUUAUAAUAUUAUUUUUUAUCAAGAUUGUUGUUCAUAAAAUUGCAAAUGAAAGUAAAAUCGAAUUAACUUAAGGCGGGGUAAGACUUUAACCGGGGUAAGACUGUCACUUAACUUAUAUCGACCGGGAUAGGGACCGUGGUUACCUUUUGUAUUGUUUUCGAGCUCCCGAUAUUUAGACGUAUACAUAAGUCUAGUGAAACUAACCGUAAAUCAGUCAACACUGUAAGAGCGUUUUCACAUUGUCCGAUGCAAUAUCGGAUGUAGGAUCCUACAUCCCCGUAUUCAAACCGCCGGGGCGCGUCCGGGCGCCUUCUUUAGCGAUCACGCACACUACAAUAAACAUUAUGCCUACACAUUACGUACACAAACAAAUAUCGGUCCGGCAGCUGACGGGGGCUCCGACAUGGCUGAAUUUAUCGGAAGCGCCUUUCCGAUAUCAGAUAUCGGAAGGCGCCUAUGACAAAAACAGCUGCAGGACAGUGGAAUUGGCAUUAAGUCCGCCUUUUUUGCGUUAUGUAACGUUUUGUAGUAAUAAUGAUUUAUUAAAUGCAUAUAUAAAUACAGAGAAACACAAAUUUACUUCCUUCCGACAUCCGAUAUCGGAUCGGACAAUGUGAAAAUGCUCUAAGACUAUUACUUGUACGGAAACCUCAUACCCACUAGUCUUCCUCCGAGAAAAAUAAACUGUUAGUCUUAUCCCACCUUACCUUAUCUACUUAAAUUAUAUUAAUUACCUAUAAUGUCGAAGCUUGAAUACGUUAUCGCAUGUAAUGUCUGUCUGUAUGGAUGUAUGUAUGUCGGCUUGACGGAUAUCGGUGAAGAAUAUUACUGAAGCACAUUUUUAUAAAAAAUAAAUGUCUCAAAAUUAA